GAAAUUUAAAAUUUGUACUGCGUUUUAAUCAAUGCUCUUCAUCUGAUAUUUUUUGCAAAAUAUUGUAUGUAACUAUGUACUCUAAGUACUACAGAAUCUAUGACAUUUAUAAAGCAAUAAAAUAAAAUAAGCGAUAAAAUUCAUGCCCAAUAAUUUUAUAGACUUUGCGCUAUCUAAAGAAAAAAUUUUCCCUCUCUAGUUGUACAAAGCAAUAAGAAUGACAUAGCAAUGUAUUUUCAAAUUAAACAUGUAAGUACUUUAGCGAGUCAUGACUCGGCUGAUAAUAAUAUAUAAAUUUAUCUAUAUCUGGCAAUAGUCACCGUUUAGAAGGUGCAGAAAACGAACCAAUGUACGUAUAGCUUAAACACAAUUUAAUUUAUUUUCGACAAUAUUCGAGUUAAUCUCAUUUUCUCUUUGGGUUUACUGGCAAACUAUGAAAGUUUUAACUGAUUUACCAUUAGUAUCAAGAUUAUCUUCGAGAGUCAUACGAAUUUUAGGAUGUAACAAAGGAGUUCUGACAUUACAAGGCACAAACACAUAUCUUGUUGGUACAGGUACUAGACGCAUAUUAAUAGAUGCAGGUGAAGAAAAAUCUUCCAAUGAGUAUACAAAAGUAUUGCGUGAAGUCUUAGAAAAAGAGAAAGCAACUAUUCAACAUUUAUUAAUUACACAUCAUCACCCUGACCAUUUAGGCGGAGUAAAUUAUGUUUUAGACAUGUUAAAAGAAACUGAUACCACAGGAUGCACCAGUAUAGUGUGGAAAUUACCAAGAGCUUCUAAUGACAAAAACUCCAGUAAACUUGAAACGCAAGUUCAAUGGGAAAAUUUAAAAGAUAAGCAGGUAGUGGAAGUAGAAGGAGCUAAACUUCGUGUUGAGUAUACUCCAGGACAUGCAUCCGAUCAUGCUUGCUUUAUGCUCGAAAACGAAAAAAUACUGUUUAGUGGAGAUUGUGUUCUUGGUGAAGGUACUGUCAUUUUUGAGGAUUUAGAAACCUACCUGGCUUCUCUGAGAAAAAUGUUGGGAAUGCAGGCAAAAACGAUAUAUCCAGGUCAUGGGCCUGUAAUAGAAGAUCCAGAAACUGUAAUUAAUUAUUAUAUUAAACACAGGUUAAAACGAGAAAAUGACAUUUUAGGCAUCCUGCAGCAAAAUGCAAAAGAUAAUACAUUAUCUGAAGCAGAUAUUGCAAAAUUUUUAAACAUGAACGUUUCAAAACAUUUGUGGGAUGCAGUAAUCUACAGCAUAGAGCGUCAUCUUGAUAAAUUAGUAAAAGAAGGUAAAGUGAAAGGCGAGAAAGGAAAGUGGCAAAGUAUGUAACUAAAAUGAUUUUAGCAAAUUAUUUAAUUUAAAAUGUAAAUUGUUAAAUUAUCUAUAGUGUUUAUAAAAUGUUUGUAAAUAUUAUACAAAAGGAGAAAAUACAAUGUUCUAUUGUUUCAUGAUUUAUUUAUAAUCUAAUACUAUGUCUAUACCCAUGUCAGUUGAGAAAAUCAUCGAGAAAGCGAUGCUGUGAAACAUUUAUUCGACUUACAGGAACAAAACGAUAAUACAUUAUUUACGAAUUUUGUUUUUCAAUAUUUAGGCUGACAAUGCUAAAAAUGUGCGUACAGUGUACAAUAAUUGUUACAAAGAUUUUCACGAAGUAUAUGCCACAUAAUAUAAUAAUCUGCUUAGUUGAUUAAUGCA